AUCACAUGGGGUCUCGUGAUCGAACAGCUGAAUUUUGCGUAGAUAAUAAGACAGUGAAAAGUGGCUGCUGACUCCAAUUAUUAAAGAAGAAAAAAAAAAAAGCUCAAUAAAAGCAAUAGCUUUGUUUUGAGCUAAUAUAAUUUUGAAAUAAAAAUUAUAAGACAAUAUAAAUAGUGUCAAAUAUGGCUGAUAGAUCAAGCCUUAAACAAAUAAUUCCAGCUUUGCCUGAGGAGAAACAUGGUAACUAUAUGCUUGCUGCAACGAGUGUCUUGCAACAACAAGCUGCUGAUAUAAGAAAUCAAAAAAUUAACUGGCAAUCAUAUUUACAGUCACAAAUGAUAUCAAAAGAAGACUAUGAUUUUAUUGUAGCUUUUGAUGUUCCUGAAUCAGCAGCAAGAGAAGCUAAAUUGAAAGAAAAUCCAAGUCAAGCUGCAAAGACAUUUUUAAAUCUUCUUGGUCAUGUUUCUAAAGAUCAAACAAUUCAAUAUAUUUUAACAAUGAUUGAUGAUAUGCUUCAGGAUGAUCAUGGUCGUGUUGAAGUUUUUCGUGAACAUUCAUCACGUAAACGUGAAUCAGUUUGGGGACCAUUUUUGAAUUUAUUAAAUAGACAAGAUGGUUUUAUCAUGAAUAUGACUUCACGUAUUAUUGCUAAGCUUGCAUGUUGGAGUCAUGAUCCAAUGGAAAAAACAGAUCUUCAUUUUUAUUUAACAUGGUUAAAAGAUCAACUGAAACUUCAACAUGAAACAAUGCCGGAGCCAAAGGUGCAUGCUGAUAUGAUUCAAGGCACAACAAGUGAUUUGUCUGGAGAGGCAACUGACCUCCAAGAAAUACCCAGUCCGAACAACGAGUACAUUCAGUCAGUUGCAAGAUGUCUUCAAAUGAUGCUAAGAAUUGAUGAAUAUCGUUUUGCUUUUGUUUCUGUUGAUGGUAUAUCAACAUUAAUAAGCGUUUUAUCAGGACGUAAUAAUUUUCAAGUUCAGUAUCAACUUAUAUUUUCACUUUGGGUACUGACAUUCAAUGAAUUACUUGCUGAAAAAAUGAACAAGUUCAAUGUUAUUCCAAUUUUAGCUGAUAUUCUCAGUGAUUCAGUUAAGGAAAAAGUAACUCGUAUUAUUCUUGCUGUUUUUCGAAAUUUAAUUGAAAAACCUGGUGAUAAUCAAGUAUCAAAAGAGCAUUGUAUUGCAAUGGUACAAUGUAAAGUUUUAAAACAACUUUCAAUUUUAUCACAACGUAAAUUUGAUGAUGAAGAUAUUAAUGAAGAUAUUGAAUAUUUAAAUGAGAAAUUACAAGUAUCAGUACAAGAUUUAAGUUCAUUUGAUGAAUAUUCAACACAAGUUAAAUCUGGUCGUUUAGAAUGGUCACCAGUUCAUAAAUCAAGUAAAUUUUGGCGUGAAAAUGCUGGACGUUUGAAUGAAAAAAAUUUUGAACUAUUAAGAAUUUUGGUACAUCUUUUGGAUACAAGCAAAGAUCCACUUGUUUUAAGUGUUGCAUCAUUUGAUAUUGGUGAAUAUGUACGUCAUUAUCCACGUGGUAAACAUUACAUUGAACAACUUGGUGGCAAGCAACGAGUUAUGCAGCUACUUAGUCAUGAAGAUCCAAAUGUUCGUUAUGAAGCUCUUAUUGCUGUGCAAAAACUUAUGGUGCACAACUGGGAAUAUUUGGGCAAACAGUUGGAAAAAGAAACUGGAGUUAGUGGUACAACUGGUCCAAAAUCUAGUGCACCAGUUUCUGCAAAAGGUUAAAAAUAUUAAUUAUAAAAUAUGAUAUAAUUAUCAUAUUAUUCACAUAAAAAUAUAUAUCACUAUUGCGAAAAAAUAAAUAAAGAAAAGUUGAGAAAAAAAACAAACACAAAAAAAAAUGUAUAAAAUGUUAAAAGUAUUAAAAUAAUUGAUUAAUAAAUGUAUUAUGUUGUUUGCCCAAUUAUAAAAAUUUACUGUUUUUAUUAAUUAAAAACAGUUUGUUUAUAUUAAUAUGUGGUGCAAUAGUGAAAAUAAUAAAAAAUUAAAUUCAGAGAUUCAAACAAAUAUGAAAAUAACAACAACAACAACACAAUAUUUUUUGUUUUUUUAUAAUUUUUAAAAACGUUAAUGAAAUUACAAAAUGAUU